AUGAAUAAAUUUUCAUUUAUUAAUAAUUGUCGUAAUAAGUGUAAUUCUAUUAAACGGAAAAAAAAAGAUGUUGUAAAUAAUGAAGAGACUUCUUAUGAUUCAAAAACUAGUGGUAUUUCAUCGAGAUUUACAUCAACUACAGAUCGUAGUAAAAGACUUUUAAAACAAUCUGUUGAAAAUAUUCAUGCCUUUUUUAAUAAAGAACCAGGAACAAUUAUAGCUAUUGAUGAAGAAUAUCCAUCAUUUAAAAAUUUCGAAGAUCAUGAUAGUUUAGUAUUACAGUUACAAGAAGAAAAUUAUACUGAAAAAAUGUAUUCAGUUAUAUGUAAUGUUCCAAUUAAAGAACAUUCUAUAAAAUUAGAUAACAAUAAUAAAAUAAAAACAAUAAUUCAAGGAUCUCCAUUGAAUUAUUUACUUUUGAAUGGUGAUAAGAUAAUUGAGUAUGAUGAAAUUUGUUUAAGUGAUGAUAAUAAGGAAAGUUCAAUACCUGAAGAGAAAAUGAAAAGUAUGAAGUUAAAAAUUUUACGUCUUGGUAGAAGUAAAGCAAUUCCUGCAAUGAGAGCAAGAAAACAUAAUUUAUCCAUGGAGUGCAAUGACUAUCAUUACUACAUUUUUGAAGUUCCAAGAAUUGUUGGAACACCAUUAGGUUUUGAUGUUGCUUACAAUUCACGUCAAAAAAAUUUUGUUGUAGUUAAUACUACAUUAAAUAGUAUAGGUGGAGUUAUAUUUGAACAAGGUGAUCAUCUUAUUGAUAUUAACAGUACAUUAUUGUCAAGUUCAGGAAUUUUUUCAGAAAUGUUAAAAGAUCCAAAAACUUAUCCUUCAUUCACUGUGCUAGUUAAGAAACCAUUCUCAAAAUCAGCAAUCGAAUCAACAAAGACAUUUCUGGGUUCACUAAAUACUGUAUUCAUUAAAUCGGACAUGAAAGAAAUCGUAGAAAAGAUAGAAGAAGAAAUAAUAAAUGAAAUUAAACAAAAUGAACAACCAAAAAAUACUAUAUUGAAGAAAGGAAAAAUUAAAGAUGUAUAUUCUACAAAUAGUGACUCUGAAACAUAUUUACCAGAAACAAAUGAAAAUAAUUGUAAAGUAAAUUUUUCACAACCAGAAUCAGAGAUAGUUGAAAUAGAAAGCAACAUCCAAAACCCAUUAUAUCUUGAAAACGUUACAAAAAAUGUUAAAUUUUUAUAG